GGCAUCAGUCUUUCGCCGUCGUUCAUCCAGUUUUAAACGUCGACGAGAGUACCUGGAAAGAAGAUCGAGUGUCUUGGAGCCAAUCGAGUCCUUUUUGCUCUAACAAAAGAACAUUAGACGUCGGAUAACUACUGUUUCGGGUAGCGAACGGAUCCUCUUCUUCUUUCACUCUUGUCGUAGCACCGCUGUCGUAUUGUUCUCGUUGUUUGUACAUAGUUGUAUCGUCGUUAAGAAUGUCUCUUAUGUGGAUAAGUUACAUGAAGAACAGAACUAAGAAGCACGUCCGUAGACGACGCAUGAGAGACGAUCGGAGAACAUCGAUGGAAGGCGAGAGACUUAGCAAUAACAGUGGAGGAAUAAUCGACGGAAACGGAAGUCGUCCUCUUUCACAAACUUCCAGUGAAAUGGACACCCUUGGACCGCUGCAAUCAGUCAAACAUCGUGAAAAGGCUAAACUACAGAGGCCGCUCACGAGAUACCUCCCCAUCAAGUCGGAGUCCCUGGACCUGAGGCAUCACAUUGAGACUGCCGGGCACCAGUUACCCCUGAUACACGAUGUCACGGUCGACACGACCAGUUGCAGCGGUUAUCUGUCCAAGAUGAGCAAAAAGUUCCACCAUUGGAACAAACGGUGGUUCGUCUUCGACAGGAAGAGGAAGACCUUGUCGUACUACAGCGACAGCUCCUCCAGGAAGGCGCGCGGAGUGAUCUACUUCCAGUCAAUCGAAGAGGUAUACGUGGACCACAUGAACACCGUACGAUCGCCACAACCCUCGUUGACUUUUAUCAUUAAAACAUCGUCCAGGCUAUAUCACUUAAUGGCCCCGAGUGCAGAGGCUAUGCGUGUUUGGGUAGACGUCGUGUUCACCGGUGCCGAGGGAUAUCACGAAUUCGAUCACGGAAUCUGAUAAAUUAACCCUUCUACGUUUCUGGUCAAGAUUCAUUUCACAAGGAACACGGUGUAACGUGAAUUCGCGCCUGUACCCCAAGCAGGCCUAGAAAAUAGGAUCCGUGAUUCACUUGAAGACAUGGUCUCCAGUCUAGAUACAGUUGCCAUUUUUUCAAAUGAAAUUUAAAUCAUACUACGUCAAAGCAACAACGGGUCUCUGGAAAUUUGUCAAGAAAAUUGAUAAUUGCAAUGGCUCUCGAUUACUUAUUCAGACAGCUGUGCCUGGAUUAAGAUUCAAGCAAUAGCAUUUACGUAUGAAACAUGAAUAUUGGGUGCGGUGAUCUAUGCCAUUGAGAACGAUGAAAAGUGUUUUAGCUUAAAAAAAAAAAUCAAUACAAGGGCCCAAGAAUGAAUGAUAGUAAAAGAUGAUGAACUUCCGGAUGACUUACAUGGUUUGAGAAAGUAAUUGAGAGUUAUAAAGUGUAUGUUUGAUUAUCUGUGCCAAUAAGUUUAAGAACGAGGGCAUUAGUGGUACGGCAUGCAAAUGUAUUAUUCAUUCGAGUGCAAAGUAAUCACGACUUCAUUCUAUUUAAAGAAGGAAAAUGAAUUUUAUAGAAUUUACUGUUAAAGUUUUGUAGACAUUUUUAAUCUAGUCUUCCAGCAUAGAUACUUUCAAGAACACUUCGAAAAGAGAUCUUUGACAAUAGUCCAGCAUGUGUUCUAGAACGAAGCAGAGGUCAAGUCCCUGAAAAACUGUAAAUAUGUCCCAUUUUACACACUUAGUUCGACACUUUUAACGAAUGUUUUGAUACUUCAUAAUGCCAAGGAUUGUAUGGAACAAAAUCUUCCAUGCCUUUGUACACUCAGUGAAAUUUUUUGAACAUGCAUAUAUGGUUCUCAUAACUCUGUUAGAUACAUAUUGUUGCAUACAGUUACACGUGCAUUCUUCAACCAUAGUGACAAUUGUAUAAGUUGUCAUAUCAUUACAGAGAUAACAUUGAAUUUUACAACUGUAUAUGCCCACUAUUGAGUUACAAAAUACGAGUAUUCCCAUUGUACAGGAUGAUUACAUUUAAUUUACAAAAUCGUUUUUAAAUAAUGAAUAAGUCCGUGAAAAGCAUAUUGGGAAUGUGAGUAGUCUUUAAUACAUAUUUACAAUUUAUAGAAAUCGCAAUUAUGUUACAUCAUGAAGUAAUACUAUACAGAAAUCAACUGUAAUUCCCUAAAAUUGUUUAACAGCUACCUAAAUUUUAAGACGAGGAAUAUCUUUAAUUAUCAUUAAAAUAACUGAAUAUUCCUAGUAAUUUACAGUACAACUAGGAAAACAUAAAAACGACUUGACCGAUUCGCAUAUUUUACGAACGUUUAUAAUUCUCCUACUUCUUUCUUUAUUGGCUAUCUGAAUUUUGUUAUAUAAUCGCUUCGGUUCGCAACUACGAAUAACGAUGUCAAUUUUUAACAUGAAACAUACAUCGUAAGAUUGGUCAAUUUUGAUAGAAAUAUCAUGUUACUAAAUUAAAAUAAAUUAUAUACUGUAUCACACCUCGUGCGUACAUAUUUUUGGAUAUAUUUACAAAAGAUAUUAAAAUGCUCCUUAUUAAUAAACUGUACACGCCUAUUAACGAAUGUAUAAAUACCUGAAUAUUUUAGAGGUACAUGUCUUGUAUAAUAAAGCAAAGAUACAUAUUUACAAUAA